AUGCCCGUCGCCGUCCCCCAAUCCUACCAAUUCUCUCACGUUCCCGAGACCAAGGAGAAUCUCGACUGGGCCGAACUCCCCACCAUCGACCUGGCGGAGUACAACACCUCCCCCGAAGCCAACGCGGCGCUGGCCCAAACCCUCAUCGAAGUCAUCCGGACCAAAGGCUUCUUCUACGUCAUCAACUACGGGAUCUCCCAAUCCGCGGUCGAUCGGCAGUUCUCGCUCGGCAAGCAAUUCUACCAGCUCCCGCUGGAGGAGAAGCUCAAGUACGAGCCGGACCUCGACUCGGGGGACUAUAACGGGUAUCGCCCGGCGGGACGGAGACUGCUCAGCGGGGGCCUAAAGGACAAGACGGAGGUGUGGAACAUGGCGACGAAUGAUGGGCGGAUCACUCAGCCGUUGCCGGACUUGCUCAAGGAGAACAAGGAUGAGAUUGAGGGAUUUGCACAGAACCUGCACGACAAAGUGCUCGACCCCCUCCUCCACCUCAUCGCGCUCGCGCUCGAGCUCCCCCCAGACUUCUUCACCCGCACCCACCAGUGGAACACCCACGACGAGAGUCACCUCCGGUACAUGAAGUACACCAAGUUCACCCCGCCCGAAAUUGAGCAGCUCGCGGACGGGCUCUGGUCGCGAGGCCACACCGACCUCGGGACCAUCACUCUCCUCUUCCGUCAACCCGUCGCCGCGCUGCAGAUCCGCGACCACGUGACGGGCGACUGGAAGUGGGCCAGACCUCUGGACGGGAGUCUCACCGUCAACACGUGUGACGCCCUCUCCUUCCUCACCGGAGGCUACAUCAAAUCCACCGUCCACCGCGUCAGUCUUCCCCCGGCGGACCAGCGCCAUGUCGACCGGCUCGGCCUCCUCUACUUUGCCCGGCCGCAGAACGAUCUCCCGCUGGCCACGGUCGCGUCGCCAGUCCUUCAGCGGGAGGGAUAUACCCAGAAUGAGUUUGAGAAGGGCGGUCACAAGGUGCCAACCAUGGGCGAAUUCACCACGCUCAAGCAAAAGUGGCAGCAGACCAAGGGACAGUCAUGGGAUAACUCGCAUGGCAAGGAGAUUGUUCCAGGCUUCACUGGUCAGUAUUACUAG